CACCCUCGCUGGUCAUUCACUAUUUGAUACCACGACUACGCGCUGAGAAAUCAAGUGAUGAGAUGACGGACACGGCAGCGCUUGAGAAGUUAAAGCUUGAGAUUAAAGACUGGGAGUACAGUUUCAAGAGUGCGAACGGGCGGAACCCGCAGAAGCAGGAUAUCAAGAGUAAUCCUGAUAUCGAUGCAAAGUAUAAAGCGUACAAGCAGUUAAAAGCAGAACUUGCUGGCAACACAGAGGUCAAACCGACAAAGCAACAUAAACACCACCACCACCAGCAUGAACCUCAUACCCCCGUCAAAGAACACCGACGUCGUCACCACCACCACGACAAACCACAAUCAAAGCCAACCCACUCACCUACAAAGCCAACGACGACGCCGGUGAAGCAGACGCAGCAAUACGAUCCCCCGUACUCGGGAAACUCUGCGUCCUCGUCAGACCGGCGUCAGCGGAAGCAAGUCACGCAGGUCGGACCUACGCCGCUGGCAGAAGGUCGGGCGCUCGCGUUUUUUGACAUUUUCGAUCUUAAUAAACCGCCGAUUUUCCCGGCCGUUUUGCCUACUUUUGGCGGGAGCGCGGCGCAGACGCAGACUCCUACGAGUAUCUCAAAGAAACGGAGUCACGAUGACUUUGACGACGACGACUUUGACGACGAUGACGACGACAGAGCGAUUCUAGACACACCAACGAAAUCUCACUCGCCCAAGCACCGGUCCUCCACCAAAGUCAUCGCCCGCACACUCACCCGCACGACCCCCUCCAAAAACCUCCCCUCGCCCUCCUCCUCCCUCCUCUCGACCCCACUAUCCUCCUCCCGUGCCCUACAGCAGACGCCGACUUCGGCCUCGUAUUUCCAGCAACACCACGAUAUGCAGCGUCUGCUGGCCACCCCGUCGCCGCUGAAACGGCCGCAGUCCGUGGUGAGGGGGUUGAGCGCUAUACUUGCUGAUCUGCGCAGGGCGCAGGAUGAGGCGUAUAGCGAGGAUGAGAACGUGCUUCGAGAGCUCGAGAUGAACCGUCCGGACGAGGACCAGCUGAACUCUGCCCCGCCAACGGCCUCAGCCGUUGCUGCGAAACUGUCGAAAGGAAAGAAACCAUCGAAGGCAAAGACACAGGAGAGGAAGGGCGCGGAUGACGCAGUAUUUCACCUGGGCGAAGUGCAGGAAGGCGAUAUCGAGGAGAUGGUCAAGCAGGCGCACGAGCGCGCAGCUGCACGGGACAAGAAUUCACGGUACAAGAAAGCAAAGACGCAAAAGCGGACGACGAGACUUGUCAAGAUGCGGCCGACUUUGGCGGCGGCUGCUGCUAAGCAGGUGGAGAAACAGAAGCCAAAGGAUGACUCUGAUUCGGAGGAGGAGGAGCUCGAUAUGCCGACGGAAGAUGACGAGGAGGUCUUUCAUAAUGACGAGAAUGAAUUAGACGAGUAUACCGACAACGAUGACGACGUGCCCCAUCCCGAAUUCGCACCAACAGCAACCACAACAAUCACAAUGGCCGCCGACAUCGACGGCAUCCCCUGCUCCGACGACGAAUUCGACGCUCCCCCAUCCUCACCAUCUUCACAUCCUCGCACGAAUACUACAUCCAAAGACGAUCCUGUUACUCUGUACGGCAACGGCAACUACGACAACGACGCAGAGUUACCACCCCUCGCGAGCUAUGGCAAUAACGCAGAUGACGACGACGAUGACGAGCAACUCCCCCCGCGACCGGAUUCAAGAUCCCCGCGCCGAAAAUAGAUAUGCAGGCCCUUGCGAAAGCAGCACGCGAAUCGUCAAAGCGCGCCGGCGGCGUCUCGAAUAACUUCCAACGGCUCAAGAUACGGUCGAGUAAAGGCAGCAGCGGCAGCGGCGGCUCGAAAUAUGGUCAGAGGUUUGGUCGUCGGCGGUGAGGACUGUUAUUGCUACUUUUUGUCUGAAGGUAUCGAUAGUAAUAGUUACAGAACUUUUAAAACACGUAUCGAUAAGCACCCGAAAUAAAACAAGACUUUCUGACCGACCAGUCGAACAAAACGAUAAAACCUAGAUAUAACGGCCCAAGGACAAACCCAACAUUAUAAGACAUAGUAUGCGAACCAUUGGUAAUAGCAAUGGGAGAGGUGUUGAAAGAACAGAAAGAAGAGAAGAUAGGUCGAAAGGCUGGUGAAAUGAAAUGAAG